AUGGAUCGACCUAAAAGAGACGACUCCCGAACGCGUCAAGUGGUGGAGCGGUGGCGUGAGCAAGAGCAUGAAAACAAUUACUUUGGCUUUGAUACUGUUACUCCAUUGACGGACAAAAGAUACAAGCCGCACCAAGAAACGGGAAAUCAUUCAAGACGUCAAAAGCAGGAUAUCGCGUGGCAUUCGUCCACAAGCUUAUAUCCCGAGGAACCGGAAUCCCGUGACUUACCAAUGAGACUCAACCCGGAGUUCUACCGUCCUGAUAGCGCUUUUCAUUGCCAAACUGAAGAGAAAGACUGCAACACACCGGACCUUUGGGGAUUCGAUCCCGCCAUUCCUUCCAAACAAGCACCUAUCUACUCGGAGAAAAAUUGGGCUCAAUCUGGGUUUAACGAAGAAAAGCCUGCUGGGAAGACAACGGACAAUGUGGUAAAAUGA